AUGUAUUACGACUGUAGAUACAUAUCGCCUUGUGAAGCGGCAUGGAGAAUUUUAGGAUUUGAAAUACAAUAUCGCUAUCCUCCAGUAGAGCGACUCAGCUUUCAUCUACCGAAUGAACAACGCAUAUACUUUGAUGAAGAAGAUCCGAUUGAUGUUGUUAUUGAUAAGCCUACAGUAAAACAAAGCAUGUUCCUAGCCUGGUUUGAGGCAAACAAAAAAUAUCCAGAAGCUAGACAAUUAAUUUAUGCAGAGAUGCCAAUGAAAUUCGUUUGGAAACAAUCAACAAGAGAAUUUGUACCAAGACAAAGGGGAUUCUCAAUAGGACGAGUUUUCUAUGUUCCCCCUGGUAGUGGUGAAAUGUACUACUUGAGAUGUCUCUUGAAUGUGAUGCGAGGUCCUACAUGUUAUGAAGAUUUAAGAAUAGUCAAUGGAGUAAUAUACAGUACCUAUCGCGAUGCUUGUUAUGCACUAGGACUACUAGAGGAUGACAAAGAAUAUGUUGAUGCAAUUGUUGAAGCAAGUCAUUGGGCAUCUACUCAAUCCUUGAGAAAUUUGUUCACCACAUUGUUAUCCUCAAAUUCUCUAAGUCGUCCUGAAGUUGUUUGGGAGAAAUGUUGGACACAAUUGUCAGACGACAUUUUGUAUAAACAACGAAAAAUAUUAGGUUACCAAGAUUUGAUCAUGACUGAGGAAGAAAUAAAGAACCAUGCAUUGGUUGAGAUUGAAAAACUAUUAACAAGAUGUGGGAAGAGUCUGCGUGAUUUUGCACAAAUGCCACUUCCAGACAUUGAGUGGGCAUCCAGUUCAAUAAAUCGGAUGGUGCAAGAUGAGUUGAGAUAUGACAGAAUAGAAAUGCAUGAAGAGCAUACAAAAUUGAUUUCCAAUCUAACAACAGAACAACAUGUUGUUUAUAGCACAAUAAUCAGUGCUAUAGACGCAAAUUUAGGUGGCAUUUUCUUCGUUUACGGUUAUGGAGGGACUGGAAAGACAUUUGUCUGGAGAACAUUGUCAGCAGCAUUAAGGUCAAAAGGAGAUAUAGUACUCAACGUUGCUUCAAGUGGUAUAGCUUCGUCACUACUACCUGGUGGCAGAACUGCUCAUUCAAGGUUUGCAAUACCACUAAAUCCAAAUGAGGAUUGUACAUGUAACAUCAAUCAAGGUAGCGAAUUAGCUGAACUCAUUGUUAAAUGCAAACUUAUAAUUUGGGAUGAAGCGCCAAUGAUAUACAAACAUUGCUUUGAAGCUUUGGGUAGAAGUUUGCGUGAUAUAUUGCGUUUCAAUAACCCACAAGGGCUAGACGUACCUUUUGGAGGAAAAACAGUUGUGUUUGGUGGAGACUUCAGACAAAUUUUACCAGUUAUACCAAAAGGAACUAGGCAAGAUAUUGUGCAUGCAACAAUAAAUGCAUCUUACCUAUGGAGGUAUUGUAAAGUCCUACGCUUGACAAAGAAUAUGAGGCUCCAAAACUCAUCCUCAAAUAAUGUUUAUGCACAACUGAAACAUUUUUCUGAAUGGAUUGCAAAAAUUGGAGAUGGCAAAAUUGAGGGGCAAACAGAUGAAUGUGAAUACAUAGAGAUACCUGGACAAAUACUCUUACAGUAUUCUACAGAUCCCAUUAACGCAAUCGUGGAAAGCACGUAUCCAUCAUUCUCAAGUAUAAUUGAUGAUCCAUCGUACUUACAAAAAAGGGCAAUAUUGGCACUAACACUUGACGUGGUACAUUCUAUAAAUGAAUAUAUGAGUUCUUUAAACAUGUCUAAUGGAAUUACAUAUUUGAGUUGUGAUAGUACUUGCAAAUCUGAUUCUAAUGUUGAUAUGUUAGCUGAUGUUCACACUCUAGAAUUUUUAAAUGGAAUCAACUAUUCAGGUGUACCCAAUCAUGCAUUGACAUUGAAAGUUGGCACUCCAGUUAUGCUAUUAAGAAAUAUUGACCACUCAAUUGGUUUAUGUAAUGGCACAAGAAUGGUAAUUACUAAACUUGGAAACCAUGUUCUAGAAGCAAGGAUAUUGUCUGGAAGCAGUGCAAGUGAGAAAGUACUCAUACCAAGAAUGUCACUUACUCCAUCAGACUUGAGGUUGCCGUUUAAAUUUCAAAGAAGACAAUCUCCAUUAAUUGUCUCAUAUGCAAUGACAAUUAAUAAGAGUCAAGGACAAUCGCUUUCUCAUGUAGGCCUAUUCUUGAAAAAACCUGUCUUUAUUUCUAGGCCUGUCUUUAGUCAUGGACAAUUAUAUGUUGCAGUUUCUAGGAUCACUACUCCAGAAGGGCUGAAAAUAUUGAUUUGUGACAGUGAAAGCACCAGAAAAACUUCAACAGCAAACAUUGUAUACAAGGAAGUUUUUCAGAAUUUGUAA